CGGUAUUUAUGUUUAGUUAAUAGUUUAGAUGCACGUGGAUCUUAUAAUACUGGUGUUGGUACUAUAAAUUAGAAUUGUAUUGUUUAAAGUAUCUGACAUUAGUUAUUAUAAAUUUAAAUAAAAAUGAGACCACUAACAGAAGAGGAGACCCGCAUCUUUUUUGAGAAGCUUUCCAAAUAUAUUGGUGAAAAUAUAAAGCUCUUGAUUGACAGGCCUGAUGGAGCGUAUUGUUUCCGACUUCACAGAGACAGAAUAUAUUACGUUAGCGAGACAAUCAUGAAACUGGCGUGUAAUGUUGCAAGAGAAAAUAUUGUAAGCUUUGGAACCUGUUUUGGUAAAUUUACUAAAACGAAAAAAUUUAGACUUCACAUUACAGCUCUUGAUUACCUGGCUCCAUAUGCGAAGUACAAGAUUUGGCUAAAGCCAAAUGCUGAACAGCAGUUUCUGUAUGGAAAUCAUGUGAUGAAGUCUGGCUUGGGUAGGAUAACGGAAAGUACCCCUCAAUAUCAGGGGGUUGUAGUCUAUUCCAUGAAUGACCUUCCCCUGGGAUUUGGAGUAGCUGCUAAAUCAACCCAAGACUGUAGAUCUGCAGACCCUAUGACAAUUGUUGCUUUUCAUCAGUCUGAUAUAGGAGAGUACAUUCGUAGUGAAGAUACGCUGACAUGAGCUUUUUGUGUCAGCAUUUAGUUGUCUUUACAGGUUCUUGAUACUUUAGGUCAAGAAAAUUGUAAAUAAAAUUUUGUCAACUUUU